AGAGACAAUAUGCCCGAACCCGCCAAAUCCGCGCCCAAGAAGGGCUCCAAGAAAGCGGUCACCAAGACCGCCGGCAAAGGAGGCAAGAAGAAGAGAAGGACCAGGAAGGAGAGCUACGCCAUCUACGUCUACAAAGUGCUCAAGCAGGUCCACCCCGAUACCGGGAUCUCCUCCAAGGCCAUGAGCAUCAUGAACUCCUUCGUCAACGACAUCUUUGAGCGCAUCGCGUCCGAGGCUUCCCGUCUGGCUCAUUACAACAAGCGCUCCACCAUCACCUCCAGGGAGAUCCAGACCGCCGUGCGCCUCCUGCUGCCCGGUGAGCUGGCCAAGCACGCCGUGUCUGAGGGAACCAAGGCGGUCACCAAGUACACCAGCUCCAAGUAAACAGCUCUGCUGUUGACACACCAACCCAAAGGCUCUUUUAAGAGCCACUCACUACAUCUGGAGAGCUUUGGUCUUUCUUCUCUAAUCUUUAUAUGAUUGUUGGUCUGUGUGUUAAAACCCUAAACGUACCAACCACCCUUAAUUUGAUGUAUAUGGUGAUGAAACUAAUUUUCUUGUAAGUUGACUUAAUUUUCGGUAUCCAUUUCAAAGAGCAGUUCUAACGAUCUCCCAAUCAAAGUAUACUUC